AGUUCGGACGUGGGUGUGUUAUUGACUCGCAGCGUUUGUGUUCCGUGCCGGUUUGUUUGCGGAGUUUCCAUCAUCCGUCAGCAGCUCCCUUGCAGGCCGCACCAUCUCCGCCGGAGGAGGGAUGCACUCCGUUCGCGUUCGGGCAGAUGAAUUAAUUGUGGAAAAUUGUUAAAUUCCAGCUCGUUGAAGCGGCCGCAAAUCCAAUUAAGCGCAUACAGCAUUCGCGUAGAGUUUGUGCAUAAUAGAGUAAUUAAGUUUUCAUUGAAAAGGGUUUUUGACACCGCACCGCACACGCCACACGAACUUGGGCCAGUCAGCGGAGCAGAGGCAUCAAAAUUGAUUGCUUUCACAUGGACACGAACUCGGUGAGUCCCCUCCCGCCGAUGGAGGAGGCCAUGGACAGGGUCAGCGAGAAGUCGCCCCCGGGAACUCCCAAUGGCAUCGAGAUGCCCCCGCCGCCGGAUGAAAAGCGCUAUGAGGAGGAUCCAGAUAAUGCCUGGAACUGCUGCUCCUGGUGCGAGUACUUGCUGAUCGUCAUCCUGUCCACGAUCCUGCUGGUGGGCGUGCUGGUGCUGACCCUCUUCUGGGUGAUGUUCUACCGCGAUGGCUUCGCCUGGUCGGAGAGUCCCAAGCAGCAGUUCAAUCUGCAUCCCAUCCUCAUGAUCGCUGGCUUCGUCACGCUCUCCGGAUUUUCCAUCUUGAUCUACCGUCUGUGCCGCUGCGUGAAGCAAAUCUAUGUGAAGCUGAUCCACAUGUUCUUUCACGCCGUGGCCAUUCCGUGCAUCGCCCUGGGUUUCAUAUCCGUCUUCGCUUCCCACGACGCGUUGCAUAAGGUCAACUUCUAUAGCCUCCACUCGUGGCUGGGCUUCGUGACAAUGGGCAUGUUCGUGCUCCAGUUUGUGAUCGGCUUCUUCAGCUUUCUGGUAAUGCUGUGCUGUGAGAACAAGACCUACAGCUGCCGCUCGGCCAUGGUGCCCAUCCACGCCAGCUUGGGACUGGCCAACUUCUGGCUGGCCAUUGCCUCAUCCGUCACGGGACUGAUCGAGAAGGAGCGCGAGACCGUCAACGAGGUGGGCGUGAGCAGUGAGAACAAGCUGGUGGAGCAUUACAUCACCAGUGCCAUCGGUGUCACCCUGAUCUUCAUCGGCAUCAUCGUCACCUUUGCGGUGCGGCGUUCCAAUGCGCCCGCCUCGGCGAAGGUCUACGUCACGGAGCGCAUUUAGACGGGCCGUACGGCUCGUCAGAGUCUCCGCCGCCGGAAUUGGUCCACGGCCAGGAGGGGAAGCGAGUCGCAGCAGGUGUACCCGAGGAUUCCGGAAAUCGGUGACUUGGACUGGACUUGGGGAAACGGACCGGCGGUGUCCUUUCGCCAGGCUUAGCGCACAGAGACCACGCUUCUGCAACUCUAUCCGAACCCUUUGUAACCUUUUAUAUGCCAAAUUAAAUCCACUUCAUACACUUAGACUA